CACCGCCUCCAAUUCCUAUAUUUCCCAAACCAAAAACCCCUCUUAACAAAUUUUCUCUUAACAAACAAAUACUCUCACUAAUACAAAAGCGUUACUUACUCUCAAGAAAUACAACAGUUUCUUUUCUCCUUUCAAGCUGGCGAUCGAUAAUCAAGACACCACUGUCCGUGAAUUCAAGCCUAAGAACAGGCGUAUUAUGGGAGCUGGAGGACCUGAUGAGGAGGAUAAUAAGUGGCCACCAUGGUUGAAGCCAUUGUUAAAAGAACGUUUCUUUGUUCAAUGCAAAUUACAUGCUGAUUCACAUAAGAGUGAAUGUAAUAUGUACUGUUUGGAUUGUAUGGAUGGUGCUCUUUGUUCUCUUUGUUUAUCUCAUCACAAGGACCAUCGUGCCAUUCAGAUUAGGAGAUCAUCAUACCAUGAUGUGAUAAGGGUGAAUGAAAUACAGAAGUAUUUGGACAUCACUUCAGUUCAGACCUACAUUAUCAACAGUGCUAAGGUUGUCUUCUUGAAUGAGAGACCACAACCUAGGCCAGGCAAAGGUGUCACUAAUACCUGUGAUGUUUGUGAAAGGAGCCUUCUUGACUCCUUCAAAUUCUGCUCUCUUGGUUGCAAGAUUGUUGGGACAUCAAAAAACUUUGUGAAGAGGCCAAGGCCAAAACAAUCACCGGAGAAGAAAAGGUCACCGGUGGCAACCUAUGACUCCGAGGAUUCUUACAGCAGUAGCAGCCAUGGUCGGCACAACAGCCCAAUCAACAAGGUUCAAAGUUUCAGUCCGUCAACACCCCCUCCAACUUCUGUUAAUUACAGAACAGCCAAGCGAAGAAAGGGAAUUCCACAUCGAGCCCCAAUGGGAGGACUAGUUAUGGGAUAUUAAUCAAGUCCAAGUCCAAGUAAUCAGAAUGCAGCUUCCUCCAAACUCAUUAAAACACUAGUGCUUUCUCUAGAAAAGGCCAGUGUUUGAUAAGUAUUGUAUAUAUACUUUAUAGGUACUAGUAUGUAAUGGGAAAAGUUGGAGGAGGGGUGGAAGUUUAAAUAAGAAAAUGUGAAGGGACUAAUAGGGUUAAAAGUUAGAAGGUGGGCUUAGAAAAUAAGCCAUAUAUGUUAUUAUUAUAUGGUAUGAUAUGAUGAAAUAUCGUAUACUAUACUAUAUGAUGAAAUAUCAUAUACAGCGACUCUGGGCUUUAGGAGUGGUUAUACAUAAGUUUUGUUUGUUUUUUUCUCUCGUGUAAUCAAAAAUGUAAAUAUAAUGUUCCUGUAGUUUGGAUAUUUUAACAACCGUGUUUAUCUU